AUGAAAUUAUCAGUUCUAUUAAUUCUAUCAUUGACGAUUGCCGCCGCAGCAGCACGAACAACUAAUCAAGAGAAAUACAUUUAUACCUUCUUAGGACAGGACUUCACUGUGCCAGCAUGGGUGGAAAAUAGUAAACGUGCUCUAUCUAACGCUUUUGGAAAAGCAAAAGACUUUAUCACUGGAGAUAGCUCUGUUUCGACCAAUAUUUUUGGCGAAAAGGUAGCAUUCCGUGCACAUAUACCUAAGAGUCAAAAAGAAGUAGCGAAAUCAGUCAGCCGGUUCUUUGCCAAACUUCGUCAUGAUCACACGACUCGCAUUAUAUUCGUGAUUUAUUUAAACUUGGUUGUUAUGUUCAUCGUGUACACGUUGCUGUUCGUGAAACAAAUACAGUUGUCGAAAGAACAUAAGCGGCAAACAACGAUGGUGAAGAAACAUCGAAAAUUGGAGGAAGCUGAUCGUAAAGACUUCUACGCUAGAGCAGCUGUAAUCCAAGAAACUGAAAUGGCACAUGCGGAUAUUCUUAGAAAGCGAGCUGGAGAUCUUUCUAUGUACGAGGAGGAUCGUGAGAGUAUAAUGGGAUCAAACCAAAAGAAAAUGCCUGAAUCUGAAAAGAAAGAAAUUGGCAGUGCUGCUCACAAUGCUUCUAACACCUCUGUUAAUGCCGGACAAUCGGUGACAGUUCUCUCAACAUCUGGAUCGCGUUUGCUGGGAGCCGAUUUGUUUAGCCCAACAAUCACUCAAGAAGAAAUAUUACUUAAUGCAUCUCGAUUGAAUCAUGAUAACGCGGCGAGUGCUCCAUCGCUAAGUCCUGAACGCCGACCAGGAGAUAUCUUCUAG